CAAGUUGAUAAUUGAGUGAAUUACAAUGCGAGCUGUGGCGAGGCGAAACUUUUUGUUAUUGUUGGGAUUGCACUUGGCUGUUACAGCAUUGACCUUGGAGCAGUCACAAUCGGAGACGGAGCCGCAUCGUCGUGUGAAACGCAUUGUGGGUGGCAAGACGGCAAAGGCGCCGCCCGUUGAUGAUCCCGUUGUAUUCGCACGAGUCUUUGACCGAGAUGUGCGAGUGGAGGGUUUCCGGAACGCUCAAACUGGUGUCUAUAGCUUCCUGGGCAUGCACUAUGCUGAGCCACCGGUGGGUCAAUUACGUUACUCGCGGCCCGUCUAUAAGCGCCUCGGUGGCGAUGUGAAUGCAACGCGUCACGGUGCACCUUGUAUACAGCCGCAUCCGCAGCAGCCGCAUCGGAUUAUUGGCGAUGAGAAUUGCCUGCUGGUGAACGUUUAUACGCCACAGAUGCCGGACGAGACGACAGGAUUGCCGGUUUUUGUAUGGAUACAUCCGGGUGGCUUUCGUUACGGUUCCGCUGCACAAUAUGAUGCCACGCCCAUGGCACAGCAGGGCGCCAUUGUCGUUGCUCCCCAAUAUCGUCUCGGCUCGCUGGGCAUACUGGGCGAUGGCACUAAGGAGUUCAACGGCAAUCUGGCCAUGUUCGAUUUAGCAGCAGCACUUCGUUGGGUUACGGACUACAUCUCACACUUCGGUGGCGAUCCCAAGCGGGUGCAGGCAAUUGGACACGGUUCAGGUGCAGCUAGUGCAAUGUAUUUGUCCAUGUCUCGGACAGCGAGAAAUGCGGGAGAGAUGCAUGGUGUGGUGGCCAUGUCGGGUACGGCUUUAUCCCAAUAUGCCAUAGAUAAGGAGCCGGUGCAGAGUGUCCAAGAGGUGGCUAAAAUUAAUGGUUGUCCCACCGGUAAUGAGCUGGAAAUUAUCAACUGCAUGCGAGAGAAAUCGGCUAUGGAUAUAAUUAAGAAUGACGACAAAGUGCAAACGGAACGUUUGGCAGGUCGAGCCUUAGUCAAGGGCCUCACUGGUAACGUUGGCUUCCAGCCACAUCCUGAGGAGGCAGACGAUAACCGUUCGUUGCCCAGUUUGAUGAUUGGUGAGCCGGAGCAGCAGCUGCGUAGUGGCAAAUUCAAGGGCAUUCCUCUGCUGACUGGCGUAACGAAACACGAGACAGCCAAUUCGGUGACGGUGGAUACUCUGAACAAUGUCUUUGGCUCGGCCGAGAAGUUUUUGGGUUCGCUGCCGGAUGCACUAAAGCAGUUGACCGGUUUUCUGCGCAUUGAUCAGCAGACGGGGAAUAUCGCCAAGGCUGCGCUGCCAGGACUGACGGGCGUUCUGACGCCUACGCUGCAGGAUGUGUUGAAAGUGCCACAAGCGCUGAGUCUGGAUCAAGUGCUGGAAAAAGUGGUGGAGUCCACCACAGAUGUGCUGUUCAAUCUGCCCGCCGUGCUCACCACACAGGUGUGGUCCAAAUUGGCACCCGCUUUUGUGUACAGCUUCGAGUACAAUGGCACCACGUCAAAGGGCAUCAAUUUUCUACGUGGUCUGCCCAUUGUGGCCGAGUCCUCCAACGAUAAGCCGGAGACAGUUGCUCACGGCGAUGAGCUGGGCUAUAUGUUCGAUGCCAAUGAUAUAUUUGGCAAUCCGUUAUUGGACACACGUUUGAGCAGUCCAGAUGAUUUGCAGGUGCGCAAAAAUCUUAUCGAUAUGCUGCUGCAGUUCGCCGGGAAUCGGGAUCAGGAUAAGGGCAGUUCGGCAGCCUCCAAGCUGUUCCAAAGCGUGACCGGCGGCGGCACACCAUUCAUCAAGGUGAAUACCAAACUGGAAGCAGCCAGCGAUUUUCGCUUCUGUGAGCUUUCAGUGCUGGGCGCUUCGUUGUCUCCGCUUACCUCCACCAGCUGUGCAGCGCUGGGCAAUGUGCUGGGACAGCUGGGCGGCGGAAUCGGACAGACGGUGGGCAACGUGGGCAAUGCACUGGGCCUGGGAGGCGUUGGACAAACGCUGGGACUCGGAGGCGGCAACAGGAAUGCCAACAACAGGAAUGCCAACAACAGGAAUGACAACAACAGACGUGGAGGUGGUUUGGGAUUGGGUUUGGGUUUUUAAACACUUUGCCUCUUUGUACUUUUUAAUUUGCAAGUUUGUAUUAUAUUAAUAUAGAGACCAAAUCAUGCUAAAAAUGCAUUGCUUUGGAAAAUCAAUUCAAUUUUGGCUGUCUCCAAUUGGUAAUCCAAUUCGAGUAUCACUUUUCACAUCAAGUUUAUGUGAAAAUCUUGUUUUUAAACUUUAAUAUGAUAUCUACUUGUCGUUCA